CUAGCACCUCUAAGUAAUUUAGCCCACCUCAUAAUCUGCAGCCAUGAAGUGGGUAACAUUAAUUUCAUUUCUUUUCCUCCUUAAUUCUGCUACAUCCAGGAACCUGCAAAGAGUUGCUCGAGGGGCAGAGCACAAGAGUGAGAUUGCCCAUCGCUAUGAAGAUUUGCACGAAGAGACAUUUAAGGCAGUCUCCAUGAUCACAUUUGCCCAGUAUCUCCAGAAAUGUUCUUAUGAUGGACUCUCUAAGCUGGUGAAGGACGUCGUUGAUCUGGCACAGAAGUGUGUGGCCAAUAAGGAUGCUCCCGAUUGCGACAAACCAAUGCCCACCAUUUUCCUGGAUGAAAUCUGCCAAGUGGAAAAGCUUCGUGACUCAUACGGUGCAAUGGCUGACUGCUGUAGUAAAGCUGAUCCUGAGAGAAAUGAGUGUUUCCUGUCAUUUAAAGUUCACCAGCCAGACUUCAUUCAGCCCUACCAAAGACCAGCUUCCGAUGUGGUCUGCAAGGAGUACCAGGACGACAGGGUGUCACUUCUGGGGCAUUUCGUCCAUUCUGUAGCAAGAAGAAACCCCUUCUUGUAUGCCCCAACAAUCGUCAGUCUGGCUGCUGAUUACGAGCAUGCACUUCAAACCUGCUGCAAAGAGAGUGAUGUCGAUGCUUGCUUGGAUGAAAAGGCAACUACCAUCAAAGAAAAAGCCAAGAAAAUGAGUGUGAAGCAGCAGUACGUUUGUGGAGUCCGUAGCAAGUUCGGAGAGAGAGUUUUGCAAGCAGAUAAACUUGCUCGCCUGAGCCAGAAAUACCCCAAGACUCCAUUCUCAGAAAUUUUAAAAAUUGUAAGUGAUCUUAAGGGUGUCUACAAAGAGUGCUGUGAAGGGGACAUGAUCGAGUGCAUGGAUGACAUGGCAGAGAUCAUGACCUAUAUGUGCUCUAAACAAGAUGUUUUCUCAAGUAAAAUCGGACACUGCUGUGAGAAGCCAGUUGUGGAACGAAGCCAGUGCAUUAUUGAAGCAGAGUUUGAUGACAAACCUGAAAAUCUUCCUUCACUGGUUGAAAAAUACGUAGAAGAUAAGGAAGUGUGCAAGAGCUUUGAGGCAGGUCACGACGCAUUCAUGUCAGAGUUUGUUUAUGAACACGCACGAAGACACCCUGAGUUCUCCACACAGCUGAUUCUGAGAAUUGCUAAAGGAUAUGAAACACUCCUGGAAAAGUGCUGCAAAACAGACAACUCUGCUGAGUGCCUCGGAAAUGCUAAAGAGGAAUUGAACAAACAUAUCAAAGAAACUCAGGAUGUUGUAAAGACAAACUGUGACCUCCUCACUGCCCACGGCGAGAAAGAGUUUCUUAAAGCACUUCUGAUCCGCUACACUAAGAAAAUGCCUCAGGUAUCAACUGAUACUUUGCUUGAAAUUGGAAAGAAAAUGACAGCAGUUGGCAAUAAGUGCUGCCAGCUUCCUGAAGACAGACGCCUUCCUUGUUCUGAGGGAUAUCUGAGCAUUGUGAUUCAGGACAUGUGCAGAAGACAGGAGACCACACCUAUAAACGACAAUGUCUCACAUUGCUGCAGCGACUCCUACUCUUACAGGAGACCAUGUUUCACUGCCAUGGGAGUAGAUACCAAAUAUGUGCCUCCAGCAUUCAACCCUGAGAUGUUCAGCUUUGAUGAAAAACUGUGCAGUGCUCCUCCUUGCAGUGCUCCUCCUGCCGAACAGGAGUUAGGGCAGAUGAAAUUGCUUGUCAACCUCAUUAAACGCAAGCCCCAGAUGACAGAAGAGCAAAUAACGACAAUCGCUACUGGUUUCACUGCCAUGGUGGACAAAUGCUGCAAGCAACCAGAUAUUGAGACAUGCUUCGGGGAAGAGGGUGCCAACCUAAUAGUCCAGAGCAGAGCCACAUUAGGAAUUGGCGCAUAACAAGUGGUUGCCAGUGGAAAAAAAUAUGAAGAAAAAUGCUUCUGUAUAACUUCUCCUGCCCAUUACCUUCUUUCUUUUGGUUUUGAAUGAGUAUUUCAUGAAUCUUCAGUGUUUUGUCAAACCACAUGCUUUUCCAGAAAGUUUUCAAUUCUAUGACUUGGAAGAAAAUGAAUAAUAAAUAAAAGCUUUAUAAAUCUG